AUGUUUCAUGCAGAUCAGUGCUAUGGCACUAAUUGGCCUGGCAAUAUGGACUUAUACCAUGAAAUAUACAAUGAUUGGUUCAUUACUAUACAGCAAGAGUAUUCGAUUUUGAUAUUACUUACAAUGUUAAUGGAACUUGCGCUUUGUAUUAUGACGUAUGCUUACAUUGAGCACCUUGAGAAUAAUCUUGGAACAACCUUACUUAUGUCAGUUAUUCGCGAUCAUUCUGAGCGUGAUGAUAUUUCUCAAGCACUACAGUAUUUACACCAGCAGGGUCACUGUUGUGGUUCUCAGUCUUUCGAAGACUGGCGUGAUUCUGUUUGGUGGCAGAAAGUAAAUAGAGUAUCUGAGCUGAAGCAGCGUUCUUUUGAUUUGGCUGUACCGGAUUUCUGCUGCCGCUCAGAAAAACCGAACUGUGGACGUCGAGAUCAUCCCUCUAACAUUUAUUAUAACGGUUGUUUGAAUUAUUUGAUAAAAAUAAUGAAGAAACAGUUGCUAAUCAUAUGUGGCGCUGCAUUCGCACUUACAGUUGUGCAGCUAUUUGGUAUGGGUUUUGCCAUAUGUUUGUAUACGAAAUGGCGAGAGUUUCGACCUAUAAGCUCUAACAGCAAACGAAAAGACGAUGCGACUCUCAUGUAUUCUUUAUGA